GUAACACGUGAUACAAGCGGAGGCGGAAGUGUGAGAAUACCCCGCACCGUCACAUUUAAUUUCUGCUAAUGUUAAAGGUGAUCGCUUCAGAACGUAAUCGAAGGCGGACGAGUCUCUACAGGUAACAGAGUUGACUACAGCUACUCAAAGGAAGGAUUUGUAGUGUCUCCUCUAGGAGAAGCUAUUUUUGCCUAAACUUUGUUGCCAUAAGCCAAAAAUAAUAUUCUGCGACGUCCAGAUUUGAAAACAUGCUUCAUUAGAAUUCCUCAAAUACACACAUUAGCUACCUCUCGUACAGUUGUAGAGUUUCUCCAUACGCACAACAAUACACUGUGAGCCGCUGAGAAAGAAGCCUCCGCGUGGUUUUUCGAUCUGCUAGAAAUGGCAGCUAAGUAUCUUCAAGUCAUACCCUGCAAUCUUAAUGAAAGCACAUUGGAUAAAGUAAAAAUUGGGAAAAACAUGGAAUGGUAAAAAAAAAAUGGGUAAACAAGAUCUUUAAUCAUGGGUCUACUCGGUCAGGCUUGACCUUGUAUCUAAACAACCUUAGAUACUUCUGUUACCACUAUCCGAAAUUUAUAUAUAUGAUUGACCGUUGACUGAACACUAUUCAAUUAUUUUUUUCUCCGUGUUUUUCUCCUUGUCUCCGUAUUCUUUCUGUUGAAGAGCGUAGCUCGAAACGUCAAAGACUUUCCGUAUUCCCGAGCGUCAUACUAAUAUAUACUUUUGUUAUUUACACCACCUGUCCUCGUCUGUUGUUAUUAUUUGUAUAUUCUCCCUUAUAUAUAUAUAUAUAUAUAUAUAUAAAAUAUAGGCUGGGCUUUCAAUAUACAGAACAGCCAACUGAACAUAUGCAGUGAUCUCCCCUGUCAGCAUCAGCUGUGACUGUUCAAUAAUCGAUUUUACACAAGCAAUUUUAAGUUUGAUCAGAUUUCAACGCAUUUUAAGCAGUAUAGUCAGAUUUUCUGUCCUCCAGAUUGUUUUGCUUUUUGUUACUUUGUCAUAAUAGAUACGAAAAAAAUAUGGCUCUAAUUCAGUUCAGUUCGAAGUUAUUAAAUAAUAAUAACUAUACGCCCAUAACUAAAUCAUUGUUAUUUCAUUUUAUUACGUUUAAAGACUAGUUUUUUAAAAAACUUUUUAAUUUCAUUAUAUUAUGUAAAAAGAUGGGCUGUCCUUAAUAUUUCAUGGUAUUCCAAACAAGGAAACUGAACCACAUAUGUACUUUUAAAAUUCCCUCGUUGUGGAACUCUAAUACAGAACAAAUAUUAUGCAUGGUUAAUUAUAACGUGUUUUUCACAUUUUAAUAUUUAUUUACAGAGACAUUGAAAGUGAAGCAUACAAUGCGAAAUUUAAGCUUGUUUAGUAUCUGCAUUUUGUACCAUUAUUUACGAUUUAUAUCAGUGUAAUGGCUCUCCUAAAUUUUAGUACCUGUCUCCAACAUUUUGAACAGAUAUUGUCAAUGAAUGAAGUGAAUGUCCUAUGUGGGGAAUCUGUGUUCAAGCAAAAGUACCCAAAUAUUUUGUGAUUUUGGAGAUGUCCUUCGUCCGUAAUAUUUAUAUAAACACACUUUACGAUAGUUCACUAUGAUUAUGAAGUUAAUAUUAUAUCUUUUGCUGGUGAUAAUCGAUUAAAAUAGGUAGAAGACUAUUCAGUUUGAAGAAACGUCAUUUUGCUGUGGAAUUGACGAGGAAAUCAGAUUCGAUUUUUAAAAAAAAGAAAAAUGUAAUCUUGUAGUCCACAAAUGUGUAAAUGCUAGAAAGAAAAAACUCUGAAAUUUAAAGGAAAUCUACUGUCAACAUUUGAGAUUUAGAGAUGCACAAGGGAAUAAAUGCUGGAGAAGAGCGUUUUCACUGCGAAACAUGUGGAAGAUCAUUUAGUGAUAAUUGUGGUUUAAAGACACAUAACAGAAGACAUACGGGUGAAAAACCCUAUCACUGUGAUAUUUGUGGGAAGUCGUUUGUCACUACUGGGGAUUUAAGAAAGCACAAAAGAAUACACACUGGAGAAAAACCUUAUCGUUGUGAAAUUUGUGGGAAGGCUUUCAGUUAUAAUAAUAGUUUAAGAUCACACAAGAAGACACACACAGGGGAAAAACCAUAUCACUGUGAAAUUUGUGGUAAAUCUUUCAGUCAUAAUAGUGAUUUAAAAACCCACAAAAUAAGACACACAGGGGAAAAAGCAUAUUCCUGUGAUACUUGUGGGAAAUCUUUUGUAACUGUUGGGGAUUUGAGUAAACACAAAAGAACACAUACCGGAAAAAAACCAUUUCAUUGUGGAAUAUGUAGUAAGUCGUUCGUCUGCAACAGUGGUUUAAAACGACACAAACAAAUACAUACUGGAGAGAAGCCCUUUCACUGUGAGAUAUGUGGGAAAACUUUCAAUGAUAAUACUUGUUUAAAAGCCCACAAGACUAUACACACUGGAGAAAAACCUUUUCGUUGUGAGUUAUGUGGAAAGUGUUUCAGCCAUUACAGUAAUUUGAAAACACACGAAAUGAUACAUACUGGAGAGAAACACUUUCACUGUGAAAUAUGUGCAAAAUCGUUCAGGAAUAAUGGAAGUCUAAAAAAACAUAAAACUAUACACACUGGAGAAAAGCCAUUUCGCUGUGAAAUUUGUGGGAAGUCUUUUAGAGAGAACAGUUGUUUAAAGACCCACAUAAGGAUACACACUGGAGAAAAACCAUAUCACUGUGGGAUAUGUGGGAACUGUUUUAGCGAUAACAGUAGUUUAAAUUCACACAAAAGAACGCAUAGUGGAGAGAAACCGUUUCAAUGUGAGAUAUGCGGCAAGUCUUUUCUUCGAAGUAAUCAUUUAAAAAUACAUGUGAGAACGCACACUGGAGAAAAACCAUUUCACUGUGAAAUAUGUGGGAGAGCUUUUGCCUUGAAGACUUUACUUGUAGCCCACACACGUGUCCAUACAGGAGAAAAGCCAUAUUAUUGUGAAAUAUGUGGAAAAUCUUUCUCUGGAAAUUCUACUGUGAUUGUACAUAGACGACUACACACGGGAGAAAAGCCAUAUCAGUGUGAGACAUGUGGCAAAUCUUUCAGUGCCAGUUCUAAUCUUGUAAGCCAUAAAAAAAUACACAGGCUUUAAAGAGAAAUAAUUGUCAUAGAAUUUUGUUUAGUAAUAGAGACAGAUAUAUAUAUAAUGCAAAUUGAUAUUGUCACUUCUAUAAUUGUGAACAAUUGUUCAUACAAAGAUUUGAUAUUAAUCAUAUGUGAAAAGAUCAUUGAUUAAACUUGGUUUAAUGUAUACUGUUGAUGAAUAUUACUUCAUAGUAGUCAUAUUGACCAUUUAAAACAUACACACACAUAUAUAUAGAUGCUUUUCCAUUAUUUGUUGUGGAGGCGCAAUGGCCCAGUGGUCAGGGCAGCGGACUCGCGGUUUCAAUUCCCAGACUGGACGUUGUGAGUGUUUACUGAGCGAAAACACCUAAAUCUCCACGAGGCUCCGGCAGGGGAUGGUGGCGAACCCUGCUGUACUCUUCCACCACAACUUUCUCUCACUCUUAUUUCCUGUUUCUGUUGUGCCUGUAAUUCAAAGGGUCAGCCUUGUCACACUGUUACGCUGAAUACCCCCCCAAGAACUACAUUAAGGGUACACGUGUCUGUGGAGUGCUCAGCCACUUGCACGUUAAAUCCACGAGCAGGCUGUUCCGUUGAUCGGAUCAACUGGAACCCUCAACGUCGUAAGCGACGGAGUGCCAACAACAAGUGCCAUUAUUUGUAACAUUAGUAUGUAUUGGUUUCAAAUUUUGGCACAAGGCCAGAAAUUUAGGGAGCAAGGCAGGUAAAUUACAUUGACCCCAGUGUUCAACUGGUACUUAUUUUAUCAACCCAGAAAGAAUGAAAGGCAAAGCCAACCGUGGCGAAAUUUGAACUCAGAACAUGUAGACCUGACGAAAUGCUGCUAAGCAUUUUGUUUGGUAUGCUAAUGAUUCUGCGAGAUCACCGCCUUUGACAUUAGUAUAUAUCAAUGUCCUUUAUCUCACUUAUAGUCUAUGUUAUAGUAAAUACCAGUGCCAUAAAAUAAAAGCACAUAUGUCAGCAUAUAUGUAUUUCAAAUUACCUAAUAUGUCUUUACUACAAUAUAGUUGUUUGCAUUUGGCAAACAAAGUACAACUAAAAGAUUGAUUGAAAA